AUCAGUUGUGAAUCUUGAACAAUCAUGUCAGGUAUGGAGAGACUUCAAAGAAUGUUCGCGGGUGCAGGUGGAGCUAAGCGGCCAUCCACCACCGGAUUCCCCCACCCUAGAUUCAUCGGAGCAAGUUUACAUCUCCUCUCUCGCUCUUCUCAAAAUGCUCAAACACGGAAGAGCUGGUGUUCCUAUGGAAGUUAUGGGUUUGAUGUUGGGGGAGUUUGUGGAUGAGUAUACUGUUCGCGUUGUUGAUGUGUUUGCUAUGCCUCAGAGAAGAGCUGGUGUUCCUAUGGAAGUUAUGGGUUUGAUGUUGGGGGAGUUUGUGGAUGAGUAUACUGUUCGCGUUGUUGAUGUGUUUGCUAUGCCUCAGAGUGGUACUGGUGUUAGUGUUGAAGCUGUUGAUCAUGUUUUUCAAACUAACAUGCUUGAUAUGUUGAAACAAACUGGAAGACCAGAGAUGGUUGUAGGUUGGUAUCAUUCACAUCCUGGAUUUGGAUGCUGGCUUUCCGGAGUGGACAUUAAUACACAACAGAGUUUUGAGGCUUUAAAUCAACGGGCAGUGGCAGUCGUGGUGGAUCCUAUUCAGAGUGUUAAAGGCAAGGUGGUGAUUGAUGCUUUCCGGCUGAUUAAUCCACAAACUAUGAUGCUGGGUCAAGAACCACGACAGACAACCUCUAACCUUGGCCAUCUGAACAAACCAUCUAUCCAAGCUCUGAUCCAUGGCUUGAACCGACAUUAUUACUCAAUAGCAAUCAAUUACAGGAAGAACGAGCUUGAAGAGAAGAUGUUGCUUAACCUUCAUAAGAAGAAAUGGACCGAUGGUUUGACACUCAGACGAUUUGAUUCACAUUCUAAAACUAAUGAACAGACUGUUCAGGAGAUGCUAAGUUUAGCAACCAAGUACAACAAGGCAGUGCAAGAGGAAGAUGAGCUGCCCCCAGAAAAGCUUGCAAUUGCUAAUGUAGGAAGGCAGGAUGCUAAGAAGCAUCUUGAAGAGCACGUUUCUAAUUUAAUGUCUUCUAACAUUGUUCAGACUUUGGGAAUGAUGCUCGACACAGUUGUGUUCUAGAGUUAGGAUCGUCCACUGUAUUCUUCUUCUUCUUCAUGAUGUCCAGCAAUAUUUCAUUUACACUCUUUGACCUGUUUGCAAUAGAUUGUUUUUUAUUACAAAGUUAUUUGCAUUUCA